AUGCAACAAGAUCAAACAAAGACUCAAAUUCUAAUUACUGAUAUUCCAAAGGAUAAGUUCACACAAAAAUGGCCAAAGACUAUUGAGACUUUGUUAUUUGAAACAAAAUUUCCUGAAUUAAGGUCUAAAUUACAGUAUUUCACACCGCUACCCUUUUUGCAAAGAAUAGUGAUUAUAUUUGAUGAUUCUACGUCGGCUUCAAAGACGUAUGAUUUUUUAAAAGACGGGAAGUGCGUUGAUAAACCAAUGAAGUUGUUUCUAACUGAAUCAUUAUUAAUUGGAUCUAAUCCAAGAGCACGUUCUUUUGAUGAUUCCAUGAAUGAUAACUUUACAUCUUAUGAUAAAACUACGAAUCCCUUUUCACAUAUAAAUAGUAUCAAAUCCAAUGCUAACAAAAAUAUUGAUAAAGAAUCACAGGAAAAUUCAAAGGAGAAACCUAUUCUAUCUUUGGAGACAAAUCCGCUAAAGACUGGGGUUACUACAGGAUCUUUAUCUCUAGGGUCGCCAUCUCUAUCACCAAAUAAUAGUCUGUUGGAAUCUCCAACCUUAGUAAAAUUUAGUAAAGAUGAUAAAUUACAUUAUUAUAGAGAACCCCUACCAAAGAUGAAUUCAAACUCUAACUCUAAAUAUAGUAUAAAUGAGACUAUAAAUAUAGUAUCCGCAGCUAACGCAGAUAUUGAUGGUGAGCAGUUAGAUGAUAAUGAUAAAACACUAUCUUCUAUAAACACACCACCAAAGAGCCCCACCAUAACGAUUAAUCCAGUAUUUCCUUAA